AAAUCACUAUUAAUUCACACUAUGAAACUCGCCAAAAUAAAUCCAAAACGUUUCUUCAUCAGAUCCAAAGAUCGUUCCACUGUUUCUAAAUCCCACGCGACUUCUUCCUUCGGAUCCGCUUCCUCAUCUUCCGGCCAAGACUGUAAAAACUCCGGCGGUGAUGGCGGUGGCGGUUCCGUUACGCCGACUAGCAUUCUCCCGGAGGUUCCUUCUCCUUAUUCCUACGUCGAGAUUCUCCAAGCGUUUAAAUUGAUAGACAGAGACAACGAUGGAGCUGUCUCUACACACGAUCUUGAGUCGUUACUUAGCCGGCUCGGUCCUGAUCCUUUGACGGAGGAGGAGAUCAACGUUAUGAUUAAAGAGGUGGAUUGCGACGGCGACGGUACGAUCCGUUUAGAAGAGCUUGCGAGUCGUGUCGUCUCUUUAGAUCCGGCUCGUGACUCGACUGAGCUAAAGGAGACUUUUGAGUUCUUUGACGCGGAUCGUGACGGUUUGAUCUCGGCUGAUGAGCUUCUUAGAGUUUUCUCGACCAUUGGAGAUGAACGGUGCACGUUAGAUGAUUGCAAGCGCAUGAUAGCAGAUGUUGACGAGGACGGUGAUGGAUUUGUAUGCUUCACUGAGUUCUCACGAAUGAUGGAUCUUCAGCGUUGAUCUUCCUUUUUCUUUUAUUUCAGGGUUUUUUUUUUUUAACUCUCUGUUUUUUUUUUUUUUUUUUUUUUGCUAUGAAGCUCUUUUUGCCCUUGUUCUAUCUAGGGUUAUGAGUAUCUUUUGUUUUCUUGAGAAUUAGUUUUUUCUUUAAGCUGAAUGUCUAUAAUCUGAAGAUUCUGAUAUUAAAACUUUAUUUUGAAG